UUAUUCAAAAAUGGAAAGUAGUCGCCAUGCUAUACAUUUACUCUGUACUUUGACGUGGGAUGUAUUUAAAUUAACAGUGCGAAGACGUCAGCAUCAGGAACACUAACAUUUGUGUAGAGAUUCAAAAAUGGUUGUAAAUACAAACAAGCUAGACCACGAUGCUCUAUAUUAAGACGACCUUUAAAGAAGUUGAGUUGGAUUGGGUUCUUUAAAAUAAAGUUUUUAGUGGGCACACAAAGAAAGAGAACUCAGUUCACCCCAACUGAACAACUAACAAAGUGAACUAUUUUAAAUUCUUCAGCAUUGCUGAUCAGUGGACUCUGCUUCCCGAUAUUUUGUAUGCCUACGGAGAAAAACUCAGAAAAUUUAAAUGUUAAGUGAAGAAAAAAUAAGAAGGUCUGCAGAGAUCUGAUUCGCUUCGAAAAAAACACACAAAAAAAUUCAAUCAUAAAAUAUAUGAGAAUUUUUCUCUUGGAUGAUUGUUGAUAGUAAAUGUAUCUUGUGUAGCGGAAUGAGUUUCAGUAUGUCAGUCAGUUUAUUCAUUUUCAAAGGUCUAUAAACAAGCCAGACCAGGUCUUUGAGCACUGUACAACUUGUGGUAAGACUGGUUCGUUUCUUGAUUUUUAAUAACAUCAAGACUUGCUGCUCAUUUUUUUCGUAUAGUAAGCACCGAAAAACUCAAGUCUUAAAUUUAUUGAAACUCCAGCAACGUAUCAACUUAUUCCAUUGUAAAUUUGCUUCAACGGUUGUAUUCAUUCACUCUCUAUACACAAUGGCACUUCGAGGUGUAAUACAAAUGUACAGGGCAGUCCCCAUGAUGAAACAUGUCUUGUCAGUAGUAAUAUUGAUGGGUUGCAUUUUCAUAGUCUAUAAAGUUGAGAGCGCAGUAACGCUAGAGAGAAAGAUUUUGCCCAUUGAGUACAGUACAAAAUGGAUGAUAGUAACCUUAUGCUUAAUAGUAAUGAUCAAACUUCCGUUUUACAUGGUCAAUUUUCUUGGUGUAGUCUUCCUGAAUAACUUUGAGAAGAGACCCAAGCUACGGCACUCGCUCCUUGAAUGUCCGUUCUUGUGUUUCCGCGUGGUCACACGAGGUCUGUAUCCUGACCUUGUCCAAAAGAACGUCCAACUCAAUCUUCAGACCUGUAAGAAUCUCGGUCUUAAAAAUUUUGUGAUUCAAGUCGUCAGUGAUACGCCUAUACAUCUUUCAACAGAUGAAAAUAGCAAGGAACUAGUUGUACCAGAGAAUUACACAACAAAAAAUGGUACACUGUUUAAGGCGAGGGCGCUGCACUACGCACUUGAACCGGAGAUUGAUAUUCUUAAGCCCGGGGACUGGAUCGUUCAUUUAGACGAGGAGACACUACUGACGGAGGAUUCGCUCAUUGGAGUCAUCAAUUUCGCAGUUUCCAAAACUUAUUCCUUUGGACAAGGAAUCAUAACAUACAACAAUGGAGAGAUAGUGAACUGGAUUACAACACUGGCUGACUCUAUUCGUGUGGGAAUGGACUACGGGUGCAUACGACUUUGUAUGAAAGUUUUCCACAAGCCUUUGUUUUUUUUUAAAGGAUCAUUUAUUGUGGCCGACGCAGAGGCGGAGAAGAGCGUAAGCUACGAUCACGGUCCAGAGGCUUCCAUUGCGGAGGAUUGUUUCUUUGCCUGUGUUGCUUACAGUCAAGGUUUUAGCUUUGGGUUCGUCGAGGGAACAAUGCUUGAACAAAGUACAUUUACGAUUCAUGACUUGGUUCAACAGAGACGUCGUUGGAUGCAUGGGAUUCUCCUGACGGCUCUGAGUAAUAAAAUCCCGGUUAGAAACAAUUUGGGACCCAUUGUAAUUAGCUUAUCCAGCUGCUUACUCCCGUUAAGCCUGUUGCUCUCUUUACUUAUGCUCGUUUCGUUACAGCCGUUACCUCCCUUUCUCAAAGUCUCUUCUAGUUUCAUUUGGGGCACAUAUAUCUUCAUGGCCAUCUUUGGGACUCUUAAAACAUUUGACGUCCACCAACACGGUUUUAUAAAAUGUAUCCUCUUGGUCUCGGCCACUGUUGUGUGUUGCUUCUUACCAAAUGUAAUAGAGUACUGGAACUCUGUUGUUAUCUUCUGGCAGCCUAAACUUACAACGAGUCAUUUUCAAUUUCAUAUUGUUAAAAAGGAGAAUGUUUUAAAGAUUUCUCCCAAGAUUGAUUAACAUUCGAUUUAU